AUGGUUCCUGCUGCUGGCCACAAUUUUGUGAAGCGGUUUUGGUUUGAAAAUGCGUGGUUGAGGGAACCUCUUUGCUAUCAUAUUGUUAAAGAUAGUUGGGAGAUUUGUGGGGCUGAUGAUGUGAUGUAUAAAAUUCAGUUUUGUAGGGAAAAGUUGGUCGAUUGGGGUAAGGAGGUUACUGGGAACUUUAAAGAAAGAUUAAAAAAGUGUAAAAAUGAGAUGCAAAGGUGGAAAUUGGGUCGAGAUGAAGUAUCCGUUGCCAAUUACAAACAAGGAAAGAGAAAUUUGGCUGAAAGUUACGUGCAAAAGGAAGUUUUAUGGCAUCAAAGAUUGAAGCAAUUAUGGUUGCAAGAAAGAGACAAUAAUAGCAAAUAUUUUCAUGUUGCUGCAACUACAAGACGAAGAAAUAAUUUUGUGGCAAAACUUAAGGACCAUUCUGGUGCGUGGGUUGACUGGGAUAGUGGUUUGGACCAACUUAUGGUUCUCAAACCGAUUGGAGAGAAGUCACAAGCAGUGUGCAAACUCGUGUAUCAUCACAGCAGAAUGUUGAGUUGUUACUUUCGGUUUCAAAUGAGGAGGUUCGCAAAGCUUUAUCUUAACAAAACCAAUUUGGUUUUAAUUCCUAAGAAGAAUCAACCUAUGGAUAUGGGGGAUUUAAGACGAAUUGCUUUAUGCAAUCUGUUGUACAAGAUUGUGUCCAAAGUGGUUGCUAAUAGACUCAAGAGUGUUAUGCCGUCCAUCAUAUACGAUACUCAAAGUGCAUUUUUACAAGGCCGCUUAAUCUCAGAUAACAUCAUGAUUGCCUAUGAGAUUAUACAUCAUUUAAAGAGAAAACAAAGAGGGAGGGAUGGUUAUAUGGCACUUAAACUUGAUGUUAGCAAAGCAUAUGAUAAGCUUGAGUGGGGUUACCUUUGUGCUAUGAUGGUAAGGAUGGGUUUUGAUGGUCGUUGGAUUAACUUAGUUAUGCAAUGUGUUUCUUUUGUUUCCUAUACAUUUUCACACGGAGGGAAGGAGUUGGGGAACAUUGUUGCUCAAAGAGGAAUACGUCAAGGUGAUCCUUUAUCAACGUAUAUGUUUAUUCUUUGUGCUGAAGGUUUCUCUAGUUUGUUGCGUAGUUAUGAACAAAGUGGUUUACUCACGAGAUGUAAAAUUGCUCGAGGUGCGCCGAUAAUUUCUCAUAUGCUAUUUGCUGAUGAUAGUUAUAUUUAUUGUAAGGCCACUGAGGAGAAAGUGUACAAUGUGAAGGAGUUGUUGCAUACUUAUGAGACGGCUUCGGGACAAAGAAUUAAUUUCACUAAGUCUUUUAUGUUUUAUAGCAAUAAUAUUGGUAGUGAGGUGCAGGAUUCUAUCUGUGCUAUGCUGGAAAUUUAUGAGGCAGAUGAAAAUGGCUAUUAUCUGGGCCUUCCUUGCUUGGUUGAGAGGAAUAAGAAUGCUAUCCUUGGCUUUCUUAAGGAUAAACUCCGAAAGAGAAUUCAAGGUUGGCUCUAUAAGGCUAAAUAUUAUGCUCAUGGCAACUUGUUUUCUACUAAAUUGGGAGAUAAUCCUAGUUUCAUCUGGCGAAUUAUUCUUGAAGCAAAAGAUCUAGUACAUUCAUGUGCUCAAAGAACAAUAGCUAAUGGGGAAAAUGUAUCCAUUCUUGCAGAUCCUUGGCUUCCACAUAAUUUUAACAGCUAUGUCGUUACAAGGCACCCUGCUCUUGUGAACAAAUCAGUCAGCUGCCUCUUUCAAGUUGACACUCGCGCUUGGGAUGAGGAUGUUGUGAGAGACUUGUUUGUUUCACGUGAUCAGGACCUUAUUUUGUCCAUUCAGCUUAGUGACUCGGCCGUAAAUGAUGGUUGGAAUUGGAGACUUGAGACUUGUGGGAAUUAUUCGGUUAAAAGUGCUUAUAAAUUCUUGCAAGAAUCUAAAGGUGCUUGGUGUCGUGAUGCCAAUAUUGACUUUUGGAAGCGUCUUUGGUCAUUACAAAUACCUCUUAAGAUUAGUAAUUUCUUAUGGAGGGCUGCUUCGGGUGUGCUCCCAACUUGUUUUCAGCUCCAAAAACGUCAUGUUCCCGUCAAUGUUGACUGUUCGCUGUGUAACGCUCAUGCAGAAAUCGUUCAACAUGCGUUGGUGUUGUGUGAGCUUGCUAAAGCUUCUUCGUAUCACAGCAUGGUCGACGUCAGGGCUGGGGCUGCAACAUUCAGCAGCUGGCUGUUGGGGAUCUUUGGCAGAGGGCACAAAUGUGAAAUGGAAGAUGUGGCUGUGAUGAGUUGGGCUAUUUGGCGUGUGCGAAAUGAAUUUUUUUGGCAAAAGAAGAGUUGGUCUGCAUCAAAUAUUGUUGCAUCUGCUAGAAAAAUGCUUGAUCAGUAUAAAUUUGCUCAAUGA